CGACAAUCUGACAACGUUGGCCGACAGCCGUUCCCGCGCGCCACAGGGGACGGGCGUCGCGGCGCCGCUCCUCACUGAUUGUCCUUAUCACCCACCUUUAUUCACCCUGUAGGAGCUGUGUGCACGAACGAACGAACAUACUCGAUGCCGUGUGCCUGCCUUACGGCUUGCACCACCACCAUCGCCACUUACACGUUCCCUAUCAUAGGCACCUCCCCCGCCCAGGCGUCCCUUUUUGACCUACCAACAUGAGGGUCAGGGUCACUUACGUGCACCGCCGCGUCACUCGGCGGCCUGUGGGAGUCGUAGCCCUGCAUUCCACCAUCGGACAAGGGACUCACGACACCUUGGGUGCACUGCCGCUCUGUAGGAGGCCUGGGGAGAAACGCCAACAAUGUGAAGAGGGAAGCGGCGCUCAUCUGCAGGAUCCCCAGGUGUCUCAGGAACCCCCUGCUAAGAUACGGAGGAGAGAGGACAAGGGGGAACAGACGCAUGAUUCCCCUGAUAAUAAACCUGCUUCCGCCUCUAUCGGCACCACGAGGAAAAUUCUGCAGGGCGUGCUGGACUUCUUCAGGAGAAAGGAGCCCUCGCCGCCCCACCAGAUCACUUCCUCCCUGCCCCAGCUGCUCCUGCCCCGCCCCCUCCAAGGCAUCUUCGUGACGAGUUACCAUUCCGAAGACCAACAGCAACAGCAACAUCUACAACAACUUCAUCAACAACAACAACAACUUCAUCAUCAGCAAAUACAACUACAUCAACAGCAACAACAGCUUCAUCAAGAGCAGCAACAACUUCAUCAACAGCAACCAUUACAGCAGGAGAAACAACAGCAGCAACUACAUCAACGACAAGAGCAGCAGAAGUUAGUUCCUGCCACAUCCGCGAGACUACGGGGCAAAGCUUCCACAGAGGUCUUGAAGAACGUCGCUGACACGACUAAAAAGCCUCCAGUUCUCCGGCGAAGCAGACUCAGCCAAGGCCAGAAGCCAGUUCGAGUCUCCUACGAAGAGUUCCUUUGGUUCAUCGAGCUAACAGAGCUUCCCGAGGUUGAGAAAUUUCUGAAGCGGGAUAUCUGUUACCGCUACGCUGACAAGUACCUCCUGGCGAUGGCCUUCACGUAUUUUGCCCGCGCCGGCCUCACCAGAGAGCAGUACACCAAGGAGUACUUUUUCGUUGCUCUGUAUUUGGCGCACGACAUGGAGGAGGACGAGGAGGAUUACAAGUACGAACUGUUCCCCUGGGCGCUGGGUCCCCGCUGGCGCAAGACCUACCAGUCGUUCCUGAAGGUGCGGGACGAUCUCUUCUUCGCCAUACACUGCCGCGCCGUGGUCUCCAAGAGGGGCUGUGACCAGAUAAUGGAGAUCCAACCAGACUGUUGGUUGUGGCGGCGGGAGAGACCAGCCUACCAUGGGGGUGCCAUGCGGGACUACCUCAGGCACCCUUCGGAUAAUGGUCGUCCUCGCGGGCCAGACAAGUCGCCCUUACAGUGCAUGUCCUGCCUGGAGCGCGAGUGUGAAAAGUCCGAUCACUCAUACAUCGUCAUCCUCUCAGACUCUACUGAAAGCGGGGAGAAUUACUACGUGGAACCCGCCGUGACCACGGAACACAAAGACGACGAAGGUUCGGACUCAAAGCACAGGGACGGAGAUUCAGGCUUCGAGACCUUCCUGAUGGAUCCGAACGUUGACGCCAAUGCCAGCAGCUUCACUUCUCCUGAUUCCAAACUGGAGGCGAAGCAGUAACCAACCCUCAUUUCCACCUAAGGUUUGCUAGAGUAAAAUAACGCGAGAAAUUGUCUCGUUAGAGUAAAAGACGGAAUCUAAAAGCAUGAUUCUUCCUAUUACAGAAUGCGCAAUAAUGAUUUUUUUUAUGUAAAUAGAGAUAGCAUAGUCUACAUACCAAAUAGGGUGAUAAGUGUAUAUUAUUUGUUCCCACAUUACUGGGGAUUCAACGACUAUCUUAUUCUAGUUUUUAAUGGAAUUUUGGUAAUUUUAACUUUAUUUUCUAUGGGUUCAGAUCGAUUUUAAUUUGCAGUUUUUAGUAAUUACCCUUUACAGGAAAAUGUGAAUGAACAGUUUCAGACAUACAUUUAACUACUCAGGAAUGAACGUGUUCUUUAUUGUUUACUUCUCGUCGGAUCAAAUAGUUACAUUGUUAAUAUUUGUGUAUAUAGUUCAUUUUGUACUCAGUGGAAUCUAUUGCAGGAGGACAAGGAAUAUACUCGAAUUAGAACUGUUACAUUUAAUUCUUGCUAGCUUCCAUACCAGAUUUUCCUUAUUUUAUAUGAGAAUUUUCUUGAACCAGCUUUCAGAUACAUUUUAACUCACGAAUGCUAUGAUUAGGGGAGAAGUUAGCAUGAAUAAACUAUAAAUCACAAUCAUGUAAUUCUGUGAAACAAGCCCUGCCUUAAGUAGAUCGAAUUACAUUAAGGUUUGAUGAGCGUCGAUGUGUUAUAAUUAGAUAGUGGAAAACUAUAUUGAAGCCCAUUGAGAGUGAAACCAAUGUUUUUGUCAAUAGUUUUUUUC